AUGGCAUAAAUUUCAUAAAAGCAAAGAGGUGUCUUCUCUGAAGUCUUAGACCCAACUUUACCCAGUGAAUACAAUGUCAAGAAUUACAAUCAGGGUCCAUCACCUGAUUUGAUCAUGACAACCAUAAAUCGAUAAACGAUUCCUAAGGCAAUCUCCUUGCAACGGUUACAAACAUCAAGCUCCAGUAGACAGCAAUUGCGAUCUGAUUUAGCAUCUCGACAAGUACCAAGGAAUCAGUUGAAGACAAGACAAAAAAACGAACAAGUUACAAGUGUAGAACCGAAAGUGAUAUUACCAUAUGAUCCCAUUCCUGGUGAAGUCCCAAGGAAGGUGGCUAUUGAUAGAAAAAGAAAGGAGUUUCGAUCUCUUGAUUUUAAUAGAUUACUUCAGGAAGCUGGAAUUGAAUUUAAAUAGAAGGAUUAAAGUGUAGAGUGGUUGAAACUUGAAUAUUUUGAUGAUACCACAUUUGAUGACAACAGUAAUGAAGAUUGGAUAAGGAGAGAAGAGGAUGAAGAAGGAAUCAAGCAUCCUCUUUUAGGUUUAGGAUUGAGAGGAGAUGAAUAUUAAUAUAUGGAAAUAUUGGAGUACAAAGAUGAUAAGUUUAUUGGCAAAUGGUUGAAAGAUGAUGUUAAAUUAGAAUUGCAUAGAUUAUACAUUUGUUUUGAUGCAGAAGAUCCACGUAAAUAUGUCAAAAGAUUGAAGAAUGCAUUUUAGUAGAGGAUAUUUGCUGAUGCUCUUGUUAGAUACAACUAUUACAUAGAUAACAUGUCCUUGUUUGAUCUCAGUGAAUUAGACAAUGAAUAAAAGAAAAGAAUUGAACAGAAUGCAAAGACCAAGAAACUAGAAGCUAUGGAAACUACUUAAUUGCUUCUUGAAGUUAAUAUGGAUUUCCAGAGAACUAUGAAUAAGAUCAUAUUUGAUAAAUACUUAGAUGAUGAGUAACAAGAUGAAAAUUAUCCAAAAUUGAGAUUGCCUGCAAAAGAGAGAAAGAGAGAUGUUCGUUAUUAUGGCUGGAUGGAACUUGAAGCAUCCAAAGGAGUCAUGGAAAAAUGGAUGUUUAAAUAUGAUGAACCAUUCAUUAGAAAACCUUUGACUUUUGACGAAUUAAAUAAGAAUUUUGGAUUUUCCACUUUAUAUGUGAGUUAAGAGGUUGUCAAGGCUUUAUAAGAUAUCAGACAUGAAUGCAAUUAAGUUUUAAAAGAGAGUUUGUUUGAUUUCUCUAAAAGAGAAGGUGCAUUACAUUUAGAUGAAUUCAAACACAUGUAAGAAAAUGCAACCACAUCAUUGAUGUAUCAAUUAAAAGGUACCUGGGUGCCUACUAUGAUCAAAAUUAUAAAAGAUAGGUUCGCUGAAAUUGGAAAGGGAUGGUUCAACAUGAAAGAAACAUCAAAAAUCACCUAUGACUUUGGUAAAUUGAAGCGUAUGUUAACAGUUAUUAGAUUGAUGAUGCAAGACACAAUUACAACACUUAUGAAAUCUAAUUUCGAUAGAUAUUAAAAGACAAUUUAAAGCAAUAUACCUGUAAAUGUAGAUAUAAAAAACACAGAUUGGGUGUUGAAUAAAUAUGAUGAUGGAUUUCUGGCAGACAAUAGAGUUUAAGUUUUUAGUCAUGAUAGAAAACUACCCUUAUUUUAAAUAGAACUAUUAGCGAAAGAUGAUUUCUUCUAAUACACCACUAAUCCAACUUUAUAUGUCUUAAUAUCGUUGCAAGCCAUGAAGAAAGCUGUUGAUGAAAUGGCUAAGAUUCCAGAUUUAGAGCCAAGAAUCUUGUCUGAUUUACAUAAAUCUCAGAAAUUAGAAACAUUCAUUAAGGCUCCAAUGAUGCCAAUCUAAGAACCUGUGGAACCAGAUCCUAACGAAAGACCCAGGAAAUUUGCAGAUGAAAAUAAAUGGGUUUGGGAUACGUACUAUUGUAUCAAAGCAUCAAUUGAAGAUGCCUUAUAACCAUUGGAGUAAUACAAGACUGUUUUUAAUAAAUACAUCCCAGUCUUAAAAUUGAGACCAGAUGAUGUGGCUAGAGACAUUGAACUAGAAGAUCCUCCAAGAGAAUUUGAAUCAAUUCGUGAUGAAAUCAUUAAAGCUACUUAGAAGGAAAAAUAAUUAAAUGAAGAAAUUUUGGAUUCUAUUCAUGUAGGUAUGUUCGAAAUACAUUUGAAUGAAGCUAAAGGAAUAUUGAUAGAAAGAUACUAAGGUCUUUAGAAAAAUCUAAUUGAUCUUAUUGCUAGAAGAGCUAGAAAUACAAGUAUCAGAAUAUUUUAAGAAUUUGGAGAUAUCAAGAAGACAAUUCUUGAAGAACCAGAUACAAUAGAAAAGUUGACAAUAUUAAAGGAAUAUAUAGGAAAUUUACCACAGGAGUUGGAGAAGAUGAAAAUAAAAAUGAAUUAAUUAUUUGAUGUGUUCAAAAUGUUGGAGGAAUUCAAUUACAGAUUUCCUUUGGACGAUUUCCAAAGAAGAUGGAAGAUUUUUGGAAGUCCAAAGGAAAUAAAGGAGAUGGUUGAGGUGAGAAAUGGAUAAUUGGAGAAAUUGAAAGUGAAAUUCUCAGAUGAUGCAAAAGUUCAACAAGAAGAUUUUAGAGAGUAGAUUGAAAAUUUGGAGAGAACUAUUCAAGAAUUUCAUAAACAUCAAGAUGUGAGCAAGAAUAAGGAUAUGGCUGAAGUGGUUGAAUAUGUGAUGAAAUAAAUCAGUGAAUUUCAAGAAUAAGCUAGCAAAUUCAAUAUGCAAGAGGCAUUAUUUGAUAAACCACAAACUGAUUAUUCAAAAUUGAACUCUAUGUCUAGGGAAUUCAAACCCUAUUAUGAUUUAUGGUCAAGUACUUAUAAAUUUAAGAGCGGCAUCAAAUUAUGGUUGAAUGAUGAUUUCAUGAAUGUUGAUGCUGAUGAGUGUGAAAGGAUUGUUGAAGAGGGUGUCAAAAAUAUCUAGACUGCUAUGAGAACAAUUCAAGUAACAGGUAUACAGAAGAUUGCUGAGGCAGUAAAAGCAGAGAUUGAUGAAUUUAGACCAAAAGUGCCUUUAUUGUCAGCUCUUAGGAAAAAAGGUAUGACUGUUAGACAUUGGACUUAGGUGUCUUAAUUGAAAGGUUUAGAUCAUGUCAUCAAUCCAGAUGAGUAGGGAUUCAAUUUUUAGACAAUUUUGAAUGGUGGGUUCAUGGAUGUGAUUGACAAGGUUGUUAAUAUUGGAGAAACUGCUAGUAAAGAGUACUAAAUAGAAAUGAUGCUUGAUAAUAUGCUUAAUGCUUGGGAGAAUAUUAAAUUUUAAUGUGUUUAAUACAAAAACACAUUUAUUCUUAAAGGGUUUGAUGAAAUUCAGAUUGUCUUGGAUGAACACAUUAUUAAUACAUCAGCAAUGGUAUUCUCUCCAUUUAAGAAAUUUUUCGAAGAAAGAAUCAGUGAAUGGGAUAAGUCAUUGAGAAAGAUUCAAGAUAUAUUAGAAGAAUGGGCUAAAUUUUAGUAGUAAUGGAUGUAUUUGCAACCCAUUUUUGAUUCUCAAGAUAUUGCUAAGUAAUUGCCUGCAGAAACCAAGAAAUUUAAAACAGUUGAUCAAACCUGGAGAACUACAGUGACACAGGCCAAGGCAAAGGAGAAAGUAUUGGAUGUUUGCAUUGAGGAUGGGUUAUGGGAAAGAUUGCAUGAAGCCAAUAAGACAUUGGAAAUGGUCCAAAAAGAAUUGAACAAUUAUUUGGAAAAGAAAAGAGAGAAGUUUGCAAGAUUUUACUUUUUAUCUAAUGACGAAUUGCUAGAAAUUUUAUCCUAAACUAAAGAACCAACAGCAGUCUAACCUCAUCUUAAGAAAGUGUUUGAGAAUAUCAACUCAAUAGAAUUUGAUAAGGAUAAGAAAAUCCAUGCUAUGUUUUCAGCUGAAAAGGAGAAAGUACCUUUUGCCAAAAUAGUGGAUCCAAACAAAAAGAAUGUUGAAGAAUGGAUGAAUGAAGUUGAAAAUAUGAUGAGGUUAUCAGUUAGAUAAGCAUUAAUGGUUAGUAUUGAAAAUUAUACACAAGUAAAAAGAGAAGAAUGGGUUUUGAAACACCCAGGUUAAUGUGUGUUGAAUGGAUCGUAAGUGCAUUGGACAAAAGAAGUAGAAGCAGCUAUUGAUUAAUAGAAUCUUAAAGGAUAUUUCAAAAGAUUAGAAGAUCAACUAGGUUCAUUAGUUGAUUUGGUUAGAACUAAAUUAUCAAAACAAGCAAUGGUUACAAUCAAUGCUUUGAUUGUUAUUGAUGUGCAUGCCAAAGAUGUCGUAUAGAAGAUGGUGGAGAGUGAAGUGUAUGACAAAUUUGCCUUUGAAUGGAUAUCGCAAUUAAGAUAUUAUUGGGAAAAUCAAUUGGUAGAUUUUGAUUGCUGGGUCAAAUGUGUAUAAACUAAUUUCCCAUAUGGUUAUGAAUAUCUAGGAAAUACACUCAGAUUGGUUAUUACACCUUUGACUGAUAAAUGUUAUAUGACAUUGAUGGGUGCGUUAAGAUUAAAUUUGGGAGGAGCUCCAGCAGGACCAGCUGGUACUGGUAAAACUGAAUCAACUAAGGAUUUGGCAAAGGCAUUGGCAAAAUAAUGUGUGGUGUUCAAUUGUUCAGACUCUAUGGAUUUUAUUAUGGUUGGCAAGUUCUUUAAGGGAUUAGCAUCUGCUGGUGCUUGGGCUUGUUUUGAUGAGUUCAAUCGUAUCAAUAUUGAGGUGUUAUCAGUUAUUGCAUAGUAAUUGCUAGUGCUAUUUGGAGAAAAAGCAAAGGGAACUCCUUAAGUAGAAUUUGAAGGUUCAUUCAUUAAAAUCUUACCUACUUUUUCAGUGUUUAUUACAAUGAAUCCUGGUUAUGCUGGAAGAACAGAAUUACCUGAUAAUUUGAAGGCACUCUUUAGACCAGUGGCUAUGAUGGUUCCAGAUUAUGCUAUGAUUGGUGAAAUUAUGCUCUAUUCAUUUGGUUUUAAAUUAGGUAGAGAUCUAUCAAAAAAGAUGGUUACUACAUUCAAAUUGAGUUCAGAAUAAUUGUCAUCCCAAGAUCACUACGAUUAUGGUAUGAGGGCAGUAAGAUCUGUGAUUAAUGCAGCAGGUCUAUUAAAAGUGUAAUUCCCAGAUAUGAAUGAAGAAUAAUUAUUAUUAAGAGCACUUAGAGAUGUAAAUGUACCUAAAUUUUUGAAAGACGAUUUACCAUUAUUUGAAAACAUCAUCUCAGAUUUAUUCCCUGGGUUAGAGAGACCACAAUAUGAUUAUGGUAAGUUGAUUCCAGAAUUAUCAUUGUAAUGCGAGAAGUACGUGUUCAAGGAAUAGCCUUAUCCUGUUUAACCUGUACAACCAUUCAUUGAUAAGGUACUACAACUCUAUGAUACAAUAUAAGUCAGACAUGGAUUGAUGUUGGUGGGUCCAACAGGAGGUGGCAAAACAACUAAUUACUAGAUCCUCUCAAAAUCAAUGACAAAGUUAGGAGAAGCCAAUGGUUUUUAUAAAGUACACACCCACAUAUUGAAUCCUAAAUCAAUCACUAUGGGUUAGUUAUAUGGUCAAUUCAAUGAAUAAACUCAUGAAUGGACUGAUGGAGUUUUGGCCUAUAUGGUGAGAGAAGCAGUUAAAGACACAAGCUCAGACAGACAUUGGAUAAUGUUUGACGGACCUGUCGAUGCUUUGUGGAUAGAAUCCAUGAAUACUGUAUUGGAUGACAACAAGAAGCUAUGUUUAAAUAGUGGUUAAAUCUUGACAUUGACUCAAUACAUGACCAUGAUGUUUGAAGUCGAAGAUUUGGCUGUUGCUUCACCAGCCACUGUCUCAAGAUGUGGUAUGGUUUACAUGGAGCCUAGAGCCAUGGGUAUACAACCAUUAAUUGAUUCCUAUGUUUAAAGAAAAAAGGAUGUGUUGAAUAAUUUGACUAAGUGGUUCCAAUAAUAUGUGGAUGAGGCACUGGAAUUUACAUACAAGCAUUGUAAAGAAGUUAUUCCUACAAUGAGAAACAAUUUAGUUUAAUCAUAAUAGAGAAUCAUUGACAGUUUAAUUUCUCCAUAUGUUGAAACUGAAAUUAAGAAAGUCUCAGUUGAUGAACUUGAUCAAUUGAAUCAGAAUAUUGAAUACUACUUCCAUUAUUCAUUAGUUUGGAGCAUUAUGGUAACAGGAGAUUUCUAAAGUAGAUAAAAAUGUGAUAAGUUCCAUAGAUAAUAGAUGUAAAAAUAUAGAGCCAAUUUUGAAUAUCCAAAAGAGGGCUUGAUUUAUGAUUACUAACUAAAUUUAUCACCUUGGAGUGAUGCAUAUUAAUCAUUUGAAAUUGAUUAGAAAUUAUAAUUCCAUGAAAUUGUGAUUCCUACUACUGAUUCCACUCGUAAUAUGUAUUUGAUGAAAUUGUUACUUACAAAUAAUUUCCAUGUUUGUUGCCCAGGACCAACAGGUACAGGUAAAUCAUAGAAUUCAUAUCAAUUAUUGAUUAUGGGUAUGCCUGAAGAUUUUCAAUAUGUUCCCUUAACUUUUAGUGCUUAGACAUCCGCAAAUCAAACACAAGAUACAAUUGACUCUUGGAUUGACAAAAGAAGAAAAGGAGUUAGAGGGCCUCCAGUUGGAAAGAGAUAAGUUAUUUUCGUAGAUGAUCUAAACAUGCCCAAGAAAGAAGAGUAUGGUGCUUAGCCACCAAUAGAAUUGAUCAGAUAAAUAUUAGAUCAUUAGGGUUGGUAUAAUAGAUAAGAUCUGUAAUUUGUGAAAUUAGAAGGUUUGCUCAUCCUGUCUGCUAUGGGACCAUCCUGGUGGUGGUAGAAGUAAUAUUACAGGCAGAGCUGUUCGACACUUCAAUGUCUUAGCAUAUACAGAAUUGGAUGA